AUGUCUCUCUCCAACAAGCUCAACAUCACCGAGGUCGACCUCAAGGACAAGCGUGUCCUGAUCCGAGUUGACUUCAACGUCCCUCUCGAUGCCGAGAAGAAUGUCACCAACCCUCAGCGUAUCGUCGGUGCUUUGCCCACCAUCAAGUACGCCAUUGAGAACGGCGCCAAGGCUGUCAUCCUGAUGUCUCACUUGGGUCGUCCCGAUGGAAAGGUCAACGCCAAGUACAGCCUGAAGCCCGUCGUCCCCAUCCUUGAGGAGAAGCUCGGCAAGACUGUCAUCUUCACUGAUGACUGCGUCGGCCCUAAGGUCGAGGAGACUGUCAACAGCGCUACCGGUGGCCAGAUUAUCCUGCUCGAGAACCUGCGCUUCCACGCCGAGGAGGAGGGAAGCUCUAAGGAUGCCGAGGGCAAGAAGGUCAAGGCCGACAAGGAGAAGGUUGCUGAGUUCCGCAAGGGCCUCACUGCCCUCGGUGACAUCUACGUCAACGACGCCUUUGGCACUGCCCACCGUGCCCACAGCUCCAUGGUCGGUGUCGACCUUCCCCAGAAGGCUGCCGGUUUCCUCGUAAAGAAGGAGCUGGAGUACUUCGCCAAGGCUCUCGAGGAGCCUAAGCGUCCUUUCCUCGCCAUUCUCGGUGGCGCCAAGGUCUCCGACAAGAUCCAGCUGAUCGACAACCUGCUCCCCAAGGUUAACAGCCUGAUCAUCACCGGAGGCAUGGCCUUCACCUUCAAGAAGACUCUUGAGAACGUCAAGAUCGGAAACUCCCUCUUCGACGAGGCCGGUUCCAAGAUCGUCGGUGACAUCGUCGAGAAGGCCAAGAAGUACAACGUCGAGAUCGUCCUCCCCGUCGACUACGUUACCGCUGAUAAGUUCUCCGCCGAUGCCGAGGUUGGUGCCGCCACUGAUGCCACUGGUAUCCCCGACGGCUACAUGGGUCUGGAUGUCGGCCCCCUCUCCGUCGAGAAGUACAAGAAGGUCAUUGGCGAGGCUAAGACCAUCCUCUGGAACGGCCCCCCGCUUAAGCCCUUCGCUGCUGCCACCGAGGCUACCCUCGACGCUGCCGUCAAGGCCGCCGAGGGCGGCGCCAUUGUCAUCAUCGGUGGUGGUGACACCGCCACCGUCGCUGCCAAGUACGGCGUUGAGGACAAGCUGUCGCACGUCUCCACUGGUGGUGGUGCCUCACUUGAGCUCCUGGAGGGUAAGGAGUUGCCCGGUGUCGCUGCUCUCUCCAGCAAUUAA